GCCAAGGACGUCGUCGAGGUCCCCGAUGAUUCGCAGAAGCCGCUGGAGGGGUUCGACGACUCCGUCGAUUCGCAUCCUGGCCAGUGCCCCGGCGACGGUUCCCCUCUCCGCGUCACGAUGAGCAGGAUGGCCCAGGCCAUGUCCAAGUCUUUCAAGCAUUCGUUCCUCGCAAAGGUUUCCGAGGGCAUUAAGUCCGUCUCCCUUGGUGGCGAGGCGUUGUUGACCUAUGGGUCGGCUUGCUCAGGGUCCGACCUCGCCUUCCACGCCAUAGAGUCGGUGCUGGACACGUUCUUGGAGUCGUGGGUCCCGCGGUCCGCGGAGGCCUGCAAGGUCAAACAUGUAUUCGCGUGCGAGAAGGACCAGAAGAAACAGAAGUUCUUGCAGGCUCAGUUCCCGCAGCUGGAGUGCAUUUUCGGGGACGUUUCGGGGCUUCACUCACGCACCGCGAAAAACAUGAUCAACGACAGGCGCGUCCCUAUCCCAUACGUCGACUUAUUUGCCGCUGGGUUCAGUUGCAAGAGCCGCUCCAACGCCAACAAUAACAGCUCCAGCCACAAGAACUGCGUCCAGGAGGGCGACCUCGACACGGAGACGGGGUACACGUUCCAUCACAUAUACCGGUACAUACUCCGCUCGAAGCCUCGCCUUCUGUUCUUGGAGAACGUGUCUGGCUUAGCCGAGAAGGAUGAGGGCUCGUCAGCAGAUGGAAAGGAACCCAAGACGCAGUCGGACGCAGACUGGAUCGUGCAACAGCUCGAGCAGAACGGUUACGCUGCGAGGUACGUGAUAUUCGACGCGAGCGACUUCGGCAGCCCCGCGGCCAGGAAGAGGAUCUACUUCGUCGCCUGGCUCAUGGAGUUCGACGGGCUCAAGGACGGCUCCGUGCGCUUCGACCGGGAGAAGCUCGGCAUCGUGGACCGCGUCAUGAACAACCUCACCGUGGAGGCCAUCUCGCCCAAGCAGUGCUUGAUCCUGCCCCCGGCGAGCCUCUUGCCAGACUCGGAGCAUGUGACAGAUUUCAAUUGUUCUUCCGCGAAGGAGUCGCGCGCUUCCGAGUCCGUGUGGAAGGAGGAGCAUUGCAACGCCUUCCGCGGCAUGGAGUACCCUUGGCCCCCUGAGAUGCCAGCGAAGGGAGUGCGGGAUAAAGGCCGCAAGUGCACGGUCCAGCAGGAUACGGUCUUCUCUUUCUACCGCAUGAUGUUGGACGACCGCAAUGCGGAGCUUGCGCUAUUCGCGUGCAGCAAGUUCCCAAUGCCACCAGAUAGCGAUCCCCAGUUCUUUGACACGAAGAAUUCCUACAGCCGCACCUUCGCCAAGGAUGAGGAUGCCAGCCCGUGGCGCACAGUGGUGCCUACGCUCACGGGGCAAGGCAGGAUGGUCGUGCGAUACUGGUACGACGGCGAGGUGAUCUUGCGCCCCGUCCUCGGCAUUGAGUGCAUGGCUUUCGCCGGCUGGCACUUCGAGUGGUGGGAGGAGCCCCGCUGUCUCUACGACGACAGCCUCCUCAUCAACUUGGCGGGCAACGCCUUCUCGGCGUUCGCAGUGGUCCCCAUCGCCAUGGUCUUGUUCCACGUCCAGGGCGCGAUCUGGAGCGUCGCGCAGGCGGUGAUGUCGGGGGAGGUGCCGCCGGCGAUCGACUCGCAGGAUGACGGAGAUGUCAGCGUCGGAACCUCGUCGUCGGACUGA